CUCCACCAAUGUGUUUUUGCACAAGAGCAGCAGAAGCAAGUUAACCUCAACAUUUUGUUUUUACUUCUCAAAUACUUAGUCGAAUAAAAAAAAUUUCAAAAAAUGGAUAGCAAAACCGCAAUGAUAAAAUCUGAUUUUAUAAAGCCCAAUUUGCGAUGUGACGAUCAAAAAUAUGAAUUUAUAAUUAUCUUGGACAGAUCCAGUUCCAUGGACGGAGACAAAAUUGUUCUGGCCAAGCAGGCUCUACACUUUGCCCUCCAGUCCCUCCCUGUAAGCUGUUUCUUCAAUGUGGUUGCCUUUAAUGGAACCCAUUCAAUGAUUUUUGAAGCAUCACAACCAUACACUCAAGAAAACAUUUGCAUCGCCAAGAAGUUUUUGGAUGGAAUUAAUGCAAUGGGAUACACCAACCUUUUCCCAGUCUUGCAAGAUAUCUUGUCAAGCAAACCUGUCCCUGCACACCUGAGACAACUUUACAUAAUUACAGAUGGACAGGUUUCCCAGCCAAAAGAAACGAUUGAGCUCGUUGCCCAUAAUCGGCAAAGGUGGCGAUGUUUCACGAUCGGGAUUGGCAAAGAUGUCGACUUUAACAACAUUCGUGAAAUCGCAUCGUCAUCCGGAGGGACUUAUGCUUUCGCCCAUGAAAGCAAAUCUAUCCGCUCAGAGCUGAUCACCCAAUUUAAGACCACCCUUCUCCCAGGGGCUUUGAAACCUGUAAUCGUCCCACGUGUACAAAACUUGUUGGGACCGGGCACUCCAACCAGUCUUACAACAUGAAUCAAAUAUCAGCCAACUUACAUAUUCAAAUUAUGUUGGAAAACAUGAAUAAAUAAAUUAAUGUACUUGAUUUCAAUCGAUACAAAUUUGCCCUAGGUAAACAUGCAUGUUAUUACGUACGUAUUUUUAUUCGUCGAAAUAAAUAAUUCCC